AUGGAGCCGCCGCCGCCGCAGCAGCAGGAGCAGCAACUGCUGCGGGUCCUGGACAGCGUCAAGCUCUCCCCGGCGAAGCAGCCACCCGCGUCGUCCCUGCCGCUGUCCGGCCUCGACGCCGACCGCAACAUGCUCGACGUCUCCUUCCGCACGGUCCGCUUCUUCCCUCCGCACCCGGUCUCCCUCGACCCGCUCGACGCCCUCCAGGACGCGUUCGCCGCCGCGCUCGCCCUCUUCCCGCAGCUCGCGGGCUCUCUCCGCGACGACGACGGCCGCCUCGUCUUCUCGGGGGCCGGCGACGACGCCGUCACCCUCGUGCUCGCGGCGUCCGAGCUGUCGGCUGCCGACGUCGACGCGGACGCGCCGGACUCGCCGCUGCUCGACCGCCUCGCGCCGCGCGACGGCGAGGGCGGGCCGGCAGCGCUCGCGCUCCAGGCCACGCGGUUCGCGUGCGGCGGCGUCGCGCUCGGGAUGCGGGUCGCGCACGCGCUCUGCGACGGCGCGGGGUCCACCAAGUUCCUCGCCGCCGCGGCACGGCUCGCGCGCGGGCAGGAGCCAGCGGUCGCGCCCGUGUGGGAGCGGCAGGAGCUCCUUGGCCCCCGCAACCCGCCGCGGGUGGUGACGCCGUUCGACGCCGUCCUCGCGACCGACGAAGACGUCGCACGGCGCGGGCCGUACGGCCACGAACAGGAUCCUCUCGCGAGGGUGUGCUUCCAUGUCAGCGACGCGCGCGUGGAGACGCUUCGGGCGCGGCUCGCCGCCGACGCCGGCGUCAAGCUCACGACCUUCGAGGUACUCGCCGCCUUCAUCUGGCGCGCCAGGGUGAAGGCCAACCGAACAGCCCCCGACGAGACCGUGAAGAUGGUGUACUCCAUGAACAUCGGCGGGCUCCUGGACCCGCCGCUGCCGGAGGGGUACUGGGGCAACGUGUGCGUGCCGGUGUACGUGGCCCUCGCCGCCGGCGACCUCGUCGGCCAGCCGCUAGCGGAGACGGUCUCCCUGGUCAAGAAGAGCAAGCGGGGCGUGGACGAGGAGUACGUGCGGUCCUACAUCGACUUCCUGGAGCUGCACCGCGGGGAGGGCGUCACGGCGGGGCGGCGCGGCGUCAGCGCGUUUACGGACUGGCGGCGGCUGGGCCACUCGGAGGUGGACUUCGGGUGGGGCGGCCCGGACGCCGUGCUGCCGCUCUCGUGGCGGCUGCUCGGCAGCGUGGAGCCCUGCUUCCUGUUACCGUACGGUGCCACCGACGAGCGGCGGCGGCGUGGGUUCAAGGUGUUCGUCGCCGUGCGGGAGGAGACGGUGCCCCGGUUUAAAGAGGAAAUGGAAGAGAUUCUGUUGCAGCCUGAACGCAGUGACUGCAUUUCAGUUGGAAAACUGUAAAAUUGGGGCAAUAUUAC